AGCCGUCGCGGCUUCCGGUGCUAGGUGGAGGGAAAGAGGGAGGGAGCUGGGGAGCGGGGCCAGGGGAAACAGCCAAGCCGAAGUCGGCCGGGGGAGCUGGAGGUAGCGGAGCGAGAUAGGAGCAGAACCUGCGGGGGCGGAGGCGGCGGUCGCAGCGGCUGAGCUGGGAGCUGGAACCGGGUCAAGUCCUCCUUUCCAGGGACGAAACCAAACCAGACUGCCAUUGCCCCCACUUGGGCUCCACUGUCGUCAAAAAGCAACUGCUGUGAUCAUGGGUAAUAUCUUUGGAAACCUUCUCAAGAGCCUGAUUGGGAAGAAGGAGAUGCGCAUCCUAAUGGUGGGCCUGGAUGCUGCCGGAAAGACCACCAUCCUGUACAAGCUGAAACUGGGAGAGAUUGUCACUACCAUCCCCACCAUUGGGUUCAAUGUGGAGACAGUGGAAUACAAGAAUAUCAGCUUCACAGUUUGGGAUGUGGGUGGCCAGGACAAGAUUCGACCUCUCUGGAGACACUACUUCCAGAACACCCAAGGGUUGAUAUUUGUAGUGGACAGCAACGAUCGAGAAAGAGUAAAUGAGGCCCGGGAGGAGUUGAUGAGGAUGCUUGCAGAGGAUGAGCUCCGGGAUGCUGUGCUUCUUGUUUUUGCAAAUAAGCAGGACCUGCCUAAUGCUAUGAAUGCUGCUGAGAUCACAGACAAGCUGGGCCUGCAUUCCCUUCGUCAUCGCAACUGGUACAUUCAGGCCACCUGUGCCACCAGUGGGGACGGGCUAUACGAAGGCCUGGACUGGCUGGCCAAUCAGCUCAAAAACAAGAAGUGAGAGCCAGGCAGCCCUGUCGACCACCCACCCACCCCCAACAGACCU